CCACUCUCGAUUCCAUUCCACUUCAGCAUCGCAGUCAUGAGCAGAGUCAUCAACGUCUCCAGCAAGCUGGGCGAGUACAUGCUCCAGGGCUGGGUCCUAACCGACAAGUCUUGUCCAAAGUGCUCAAUUCCAUUGAUGCGCUCACCGGAUGGACGAACGCCACAGACGUGGUUCUGUGCUAACUGUGAAGGGAAUGAAACUACACACCACCGUACCCCGUCCAACUCUGAAUCCGUUUCAAAUUCGAGCGCGCAUUAUUCGCGACCGUCCACUCCUCCAACUGAAGUCUCUAGUACUCUGAGCUCCCCUACCUUUGCUCCCCCCAUUGAGACCGCCGAGUCGAUCCAGCGUCGCCAGCAAUCUGACUUCGCCUCCAACGAGAUCGGCAAACGACUACUCAAGGGAUGGGCAAUGUUAGCAGACGAAUGUCCUGUAUCCACUUGCUAUGGCAUCCCCUUGGUCCGCCCUCCGAAAUCAGGCAGCGACAGGGAUCCCAGAAAGGAAUGCGUGGUUUGCGGGGGAAUGUUCACCACUGAGAAAGAUGCCCAUGGUUUCGAAAGGCUUGUCCCCGGGGAGACCGCACCGACGGUCUCUGCUAAACGUCAACCCUCCACAUCUGCUUCUGCUCUCAUGGUCAACGGCUCACAAGAUAAGGGAAAAGCCGCAGUGAGAGGUAUCGCGUCACUGGAUGCACCUUCGUCUCAGCCAACUGCAAUAUCCUCAGCUAACCCUUUACAAGGCUCCCCUUAUUCCUUCGACACCUCUCAAGCUACUGCUGUUCCUAAUGCGUUCCGCGAAGUUCUAGAGUCCAAACCCACUGCCUCUUCACAGCCUGUGAUUGAUGCAACCACACGAUCAUUGGAAUCAGCACUGGCAGUCUUGUCGAACAGGCUAUCAUGUCUCUCCGGUCAGUCAAUCGUGGACCCAGGUCGUAUAGCCGAGACCGCAGAAGCUAUCGGAAAAGUGGCCCAAGCUUUGUCGAUAGUGAAAAAAGUUCUAUAGUAUAAGUAGUGAGCAUGCCAUUGAUCCCGUCCGUUCUUCGUUCCGUCCGUUUUCAUCUAUUUUUGUCAGAGAUUGGCGUCCCGGGUUCUCCUGAUGUUAUUGCGGCUACGUUGUGUCCUCGUCUCUACACUAUGGACAUGUCCUUGUUUUCAUCGACUCCUCAAUUAAUUUAUCUCAUCAUAGUUGCGCCC